GAAAAAUUCCAAAAAGGGGAAGGAAAGGAAGAGGAAAAGUAUAUUGAUGUAGUCAUCAAUAAAAAUAUGAAGUUGGGACAAAAAGUUUUGAUUCCAGUCAAACAAUUCCCAAAGUUCAACUUUGUGGGAAAACUUUUGGGUCCACGUGGCAAUUCUCUAAAGCGUUUGCAGGAAGAAACACUGACCAAAAUGUCUAUUUUGGGAAAAGGCUCUAUGAGGGACAAGACAAAGGAGGAAGAGUUGAGAAAAAGUGGAGAAGCAAAGUACUUCCACCUAAAUGAUGACUUGCAUGUUUUAAUUGAAGUAUUUGCUCCACCGGCAGAAGCAUACGCCAGAAUGGGACAUGCAUUGGAAGAAAUCAAGAAGUUCCUCAUCCCUGACUACAAUGAUGAAAUCAGACAGGCACAGCUUCAGGAAUUAACAUAUUUAAAUGGUGGUUCAGAAAAUGCAGAAGUUCCAGUAGUUCGUGGAAAACCAUCUAUUCGAGCAAGAGGAGUACCAGUUCCUGCUUUGUCCAGGCUGUGUCUGGGAACUUCACUGCUCACCCCUGCCCCCACUACAAUGAAGUCAAAUAAGCAGCUGGUACCCUGUCCUGAGGAGCCAUUCUACAGAUUAGCCAAAACCAAGGGCCGUGGGGGAGUGCCUCCACCACCAGCAGGAGUGCCGAGAGGGGCACCAGCACCCAGAGGAGUGCCUCCCAGUAGAGGACCAGUCAGUCGUAGCCGUGGGCUUCUGGCACCCAGAGCAAGAGGAGUACCCCCACCUGCAGGCUACCGGCCCCUUCCACCACCUCCAGCACAGGAGACAUACGGAGAAUAU